AUGUCUAUCCAAAAAGUGACCCUAAUCGGUGCCAAUGGACGACUCGGACCGUCCAUACUCGACGCACUUCUCAACACCUCCGACUUUGAGGCCUCGGUCUUGACACGAGCUUCAUCAAAGUCAACAUACCCAUCUAAUGUCAAGGUGCUCAAGACUGAGGACGAUCUACCCUUUGACCAAUUGGUAGAAGCACUUCGGGGCCAAGACGCGCUGGUGAUUGCGUUUGCUGGCACUCAGAAGGACAAUUCUAUCAAGUUGGCCAAUGCGGCGUUUGAGGCAGGUCUGAAACACAUCAUCCCUGCUGACUUUGGCAGCUGCGACUCUAGCGAUCCGCAAUCUCUAGAUCUUGUUCCACUCUACAUCAACAAGAAAGACGUUCGAGAUCACCUUAUCGAGUUGACCAAGAAGACAAGACAGGAUGGUACGACUAUAGCAUGGACUAGUCUAAUCACUGGCCACUUCUUUGACUAUGGUCUGAAAAGUGGGCUGCUUAGCAUUAAUCUUGACAAGAAAUCCUCUACAAUCUUUGAUAACGGCACAUAUCCUUUUGGAGCUACGAACCUUAGAGACAUCGGGUUUUGUACAGCGCGUAUCCUUCAAAAUGCUAAUCAUCCGAGACUGAAGAACCAGAUUGUCUACGUGCAAAGUUUACAAACGACACAAAACGAUCUAGUUGCUGUGGUCGAGGAUGUGGUUGGAGCUAAAUUCCAGAUUGAGAAAGUCAAGGCCGAUGACUUUAUCUCUGAGCACAAAGCCAAGCUCAAGCAGAAUCCCGACGAUCAUGAGGCAACCGAGGACCUUGUAACUGUUGGAGGUAUCAUCAAUACGAAUUGGGAUACAAAAGGAGAUGCAUAUGUCAACGAUCUGCUCGGUCUACAACUGAAGGAACACAGGAAGUUGGUAGAAGAAGCGUUAAGGCAGCAUAUCAACGAGAAGUUUGGUCAGAUGCUCAAAACAUCGCACGACCUGCAUAGAUGGACAGUGGAAAAUCCGCAUGACUUUUGGAUCGAUCUUUACGACUAUACAGAGAUUAUCCCACCAUUACCGGCAGAUAUAAAAUAUGCUUACAACCCCAAAGCAAGGUUCAGGGACGUUCCAGUGUGGUUUGAGGGACACGAGAUGAACUUCGCAGAGAAUCUUUUGCUGCCUAACGUUCGACGAAAUCCGCACAGCAUUGCGCUGACUGGCUUGAGAGAAGGAGAACUGGACGAUCCGGAGCACAUUACUUGGGCUCAGCUGGCUGAAAUGGUUCGUCUGACCAGAAUUGCAAUGCUACACCAUGGUAUUCGAGAGAACGACGUGAUCGCGGCGCUGAUGAGCAAUUCAAUAUGGAUCAUUGUCUUGUUUCUGGCAUCAGCAUCAAUUGGAGCCAUCUUCACCUCUAUAGCACCAGAUAUGGGACUAUCAGGAUGCUUGUCGAGACUGGCACAGGUCACUCCCAAGCUUUUCUUUGCAGAUACUGACUAUAGUACACGUGGCAAAAGGCUCAGCCUUUUAGAGAAGGUUAGAGACAUUCUAAAUGGCUUGCCGAGCAAUCAAGCACAGCCUACCGUGUUCUUCGUGCCUACCACCAAGCGACCACACACGAAGCAUACAAUCAACCCUCCCAUACCAAUCACCCUAGGCGCUUCUUUAGACGCUUUUCUUGAGCCGGCUCUUGACGAUGGUACUCCCCUUACUUUCACACGGUUACCUACCUCACACCCACUGGUCAUCGUAUACUCAUCAGGCACGACAGGACCACCGAAAUGCAUAGUGUCUCCGCAUAUCUCAUUGUUAAAUUACCGCAAAAUUGCUCACCUUCACAACUCGCUAUCACCUGAAAGCAUCGUGUUUCAAUACAGCUCCACCUCUUGGAUUCUCUGGAAUGUUAUGCUCGGACACUUGACAGUCGGUGCCCGCCUGAUUACUUGGGAUGGUAACCCUUUACAUCCUAAUGCUGGAACACCACUGGAAAUUAUCGAAAAAUACAAGGCCACUUACUGGGGGACAUCUCCACGUUACUUGCUUGAACUAGAACAGCAAGUGACUUCUCAGACACUCCGACGCAUGUACGAUCUCAGCAGCCUGAAGAUGGUGACCACAACCGGUGCUCCGCUGCUACCAUCACAGAUGCUUUACUUUUACUCUCCGCUCUUUCCUUCUCUCAGACCUCUCACGUCGGUACAUUUAUCGUCGAUAGCAGGUGGUACGGAUAUCGCAUCAAGCUGGUGUGCAUCAGAUCCGGCUGGUCCUGUACACCUUAAUGAAAUGCAGAUGUGGGCGUUGGGACACGAUUGUGCUAUCCUCAAUUCCGAACCGACCAGGAAGUCAGCAAAACCUUUAUGGGACCCGACAACUAAACUACACAAACCAAUGCAACAACUCGAGUAUUCCGAAGCUCGUGAUGCUCCCGGAGAGCUAGUGUGUAGAAAGCCACUACCCAGUGCACCCAGUCAAUUCUGGGGCGAUGAUGAACAGAAGAGUGCAUACAUGGACGCAUACUACAACAGUUUUCCAUCUGUGAUAGACCCAGCGAGUGGUGAGGUCAAGGAAUAUCACGACAUAUGGGCACAGCACGACCUGACUACCUGCAAUCCGAUUACCCAUGGACUACAGAUUCUAGGACGAAGCGACACCACACUAAAUCCCAGUGGCAUCCGCUUUGGCAGCUCGGAAAUAUACCAUAUCAUCGAGGCCCCUCCGUUCAAUUCUAUGAUAAGUGACAGUCUUUGUGUUGGACGACGUCGCAAGCAUGACAACGAUGAAGUCGUUUUUCUGUUCAUUAUUCCUGCAAAGGGCGUCAAAUUCAGCAACGAUUUAGUUGCAAGAAUUAAGGAUGCGAUACGAACGAAUCUGAGUUCGCGACAUGUACCCAAGUUUGUCUUCGAGGCCAAGGAGUUCCCAUACACUAUCAAUGGUAAGAAAGUCGAAAAUGUGGUGAAGAAGAUCAUCAGUGGCGUCGACGUAACUCCAAGCAGCACCAUUACAAAUCCGGCAUGUUUGGAAGAGUUUAGGAAAUAUAGAGAUGUAGAAAGAGAGUCGCCUAUGCGAACAAGCAAGCUAUGA